AUGCUACACAUGAAGCUCGACGCGUCUCUCUUCUUCCUCGUUGCCUCCUCACUCUGGAUCGCGGGUGUGAGCUGCCAAAACCCCGGACCAGGAGACAGGCAAUACAUCGUCCGGAAUAGUUGCCCCACCGCCGUGGAGUUGGUCAUUGGUGGCCUCAUCCAGACUACCAUCCCAACUGGAGGAUCUUCCACCACAUUCACAGGCGGUAAUUUCAACCCAGGCUUCUUCUAUACCACAGCCAAUGGCGGCAACGUCAAUGGGCAAGCAACGAGAGCUGGCUUCUACGAUGACAACGACGCCCACUACUACUACAUGGUCAAAGACGAAGAGCACUUCAACAUCGGAAUGAGCAUCGUGCCGAAUCGACCAGCGGCCGAUGGAUUUUGUCCGAGCAUUCUGUGCGACUCCGUCUCGUGCUCGACCGCAUUCCCCUCCCCACCGACCCGCUUCCCUGCCCCGGCAGCGACGCCCCCGAACCCACCGGUGUACGCCUGCCCGUUCUCCAACCUCACCUACACCAUAACGUUCUGCCCUUCUGGUCAAUUCCCUCAGCCGACUGGAGUCGCAAUUCAUCCUAACGGUAAUAGCGGCAAGUGUUUGGACGUCCGUGGAGCAGUAUUCGCGAACGGAACUCCCGUCCAGAUUUAUGAUUGCAACGGAACUAACGCGCAGAAAUGGGUCAUCGCUCGAGGAAGCACGAAGGUGAAACUUGCUGGUACCGAUUUCUGCCUUGAUGCUGGUUCAACUCCUGCCAAUGGUGUCGGGAUGAAGAUCUGGCAAUGCUACGACAACCUUCCGGCACAGCAGUGGUACUUCACGAACGACAACCGUAUCGCACUUGAAGGACAAGGUCUCUGCCUUGAUCUGCCUAAUGGUGUCCUGACAAAUAGCAACCAAGUGCAGACCUGGCAGUGUUCCGACGGAAACAACAACCAGGUCUGGACCGUUUGA